UACGCUCAGUGACUGGUUUUAUGUUCAUGUAAACGCUCGUACUUGACGAUGCCGAAGAAGGGUUCCAUGUCUAGUGGACAAGAGGAGCUUUGUGACGUGAAAGUGGACGUGCUUAUUAAACACAAGAGUCGUCGGAAGGGAAAAAGUGUAGAGGAACUGAGCGGAAACAGAAGUGAGACGAGUCGAGACGUAGAUAGUGAUGAAAGCAGACACAAGUCGCGUCGAGACAGAUCCAGGAGUCAGGAUGACUUAGACGGAGGCAGACGAAAGAAGCGGGAAGUUGAUCAUCGUGCUGGAAGUGUAGGUGCGAUACAAGCUAGGCUACCGGAGACUGAGAGUAGUGACGAUAGUGUGGUCAUGAGGGAUCACAAGAAACGUAGUAGGAACUAUGACAACGUAGACCAUGGUGUUACCAAUGUACACGUAGUGCGACACAAGAAACGAUUAGCUGUCGCCGACCUCAGUGACGAGGAAAUAAAUAUGGUGAGACAACAGAGGAGACGAAAAGAUGAACACAGUGGCACCAGCUCAGAUCUCACACGUCAGAAGUCACGCAGCACGCACUCCGCAGGUGCUUACGAAGGGACAAUGAAAGGCAAGCCGAAGGUAGCAAAUAAACCCACGGAAUACGUCUACGUUAACAACGCAUAUGUGGGAAGCUUAAACAGUGUUAACGAAGGAAGACGCCAACAACCAUUACAAAGCACAUACAGGGAGCAGUACUGGGCCUGUUCCAGGUGGUCGCACGGGAAGAAAAUCUUGGCGAUUGGAAUAGGAGUGUUGUUGGGGAUGUCUCUAGUGGGAGGCGUCGUCACUCUGAUCUUAGUGAUCACAGGACAGAAUCCUGAUGAGAUCAUAGGCCCUCUGUUGCCUGGAAACAACAUGUUUUGAACUCUAGCUAGAACAAAUUAUGGACUAUAAUUCCGUAGAGUACCUGUUACGAAUGUAUUGUCGUGAUUUGAUGGAGUCUGUAUAUAAUAUUAAGAUCUUAUCAUUUAAGGUAUGUGUCUACGUUACUCUCUGAUGUACAAAUCAAAUGUAUUGAUUUUUUACUGAAAAGUCAAAUAAUAUUGUAGUUGUUGUUCAUGCUCUGAUUAAUGAAGGAUUAGAGGUUGUGGAAUUAGGAAUAGAAGUUACAAGUUUCAUAUUUCAUGACAAAACUUUUAAUAUACCACGUAACGAUAAAGUUUGUGAGUUUGUGUGUGUGUGUGUGUUUGUUACGCAAUCACGUCAAAACGGCUGAAGGGAUUGCGAUGAAAUUUGGAACAGAGGUAGAUUAAGGUCUGGAAUAAGACACAGGUUACUUUUUAUCCCACGGAGAUGCGGACAAAGCCGCUAGCAGAAGCUAGUAUGAAUAUAAUUAUGAGAAACUUUAGAAUAUGACUCGAACGUUUGCUCAAUAUAGCAGUGUAAAGAGAAGCCAUGACGUCACAUAAAAAAUAAUUUGGGAAAGAUUAUAGCAGUAGUGACCUAGAUAUAUGUUUGUCGAGCAUUUGCCAAGUGAUAACACACUGAUAACGUGUUUUCAGAUUAAGUAGGUAUAUAGUUUCAAAUAUUUUGCUUUGUAACCUUAAAAUAUUUUGCGGGCUUUCGAUAGGUUCGUGUACCUAUGCCUUGUAUUGGCUUAUCAGCACUGAUAAGCACAUUGUGACUGACAAGUAUCUUCCGAUGAAUUCUAGAACUUUGGUCAGAUUUAAGGCAUAAUAUCAAGCUAUGAAUAACCAUUGUAAACUGACCGUCGAAUGUGCGGAAAGGUGAUACAAAGCAAGACCAUUUUAAACUGGUUCUGUAUUGGUUGAUAAGUAGCGUUUGUAAAAAAACACUAGCAAACCCGGCAAACUCCGUUUUGCCACCAAUGAUUUUCCCUCUUUUGAAUUUUUUUUUCCUGUAUUUUCUUCGCUAUAAACUUCACGGUACCCGAGACCUUUCCAACGAAUCCAAAACCGUGGAAAUCGGUUCGCGCGUUCUGGAGUUAUAGUGUCAGGAAGGAAAACCCGAUUUAUUUUUAUAUUAUAGAAGAUUAGACAUUGGUACUGGCACCUAUCUGAACAUAUAUUUCCAUAUUAUGAUGUUUUAGACUUAUAAUAGUCAGAGCUAGCACAUCUUAAAACCUAUUCUAAAUAUAUUAGUUGCCAAUACUGCCCGAGAUUUUUUAGAAUUUGGUGUGUCAUUAUGUGCUACUAAUAAUAAUAGAUUUUCAACCUUAUCGUUUUAUUAAUAAAGUCGAAAAUCAUUUAUUAACAUAAAUAUAGUCGCGGGCGACUAUCUAGUUAAUUCUUAGUUGUAAAACUGUGUAAUUAUGUAAAUAAUACUAUGUACUUACUACUUAUUUAUUAAUAAAUUACCUUUUAUAAAA